AGUAGCGACGCCACCCUGACGCUGCCGACUGGAGCGAGCGAACUUCCGAGAGUGUACUGUGACACAUCAAAUCCUUUUAAUUCCCUGGCUGUGGUCAUUAGUGCUCUAUGUACAACUACUUCAACUGUUGGCUAUGGAAGGGAUGAAGCGGCGCGGGUCCAGUUACAGUUUUCAGGUCUAAAAUUAGGAAAGCCCCGCUGACGCAAGAUGGCUAAACUCGGUCCCUAUGCUUGACAGCAGGAACAAGACCCUGGAUCCAUGGAAACGAACCAUACCACUUAGCCGAUAUUGAUGACAUGGUGUAUUUUUAGUUUUUGUUGUCAUCUUUCCGUAACACUUGGGGCUCUAGCGUUUUGUAUAAAGGCGACUCUUUCAAAAUGCAGUUGUACAGCAGUGCGUUGACUCACUAUCCGGGAUCCUCUCGCAAAGUUUCGAUUACUAUCACAAGUUGUGCCUCUACCGACCAUUUGUCCAAGACAACAACGAGCUCGUCUGUUGAUAAUAAAUCGAGUGGUACUACGGCAGCAGUGACUAACGGGAAUCCGAUAGGAGAGACUCAACCUUCCGUAAACAUGCCUGCAGCUCUUUCAUGUUAUGAAGCCGCUUCCAUGAAGCCAGUCUACUACACCUCUACAGCAGAAAUUAUUAUUCGUCGGCCUGACGGAGUUGAGAGAUCCGUACCAGUACACAUCAUAAAGGAAACCCACACCAAACGGCCUCCGUUGGACCCAUAUUCACAAGAUGUCCUUAUUCAAACGCGUGGAAAAGAUGGGGAUUUGGAUUCUGAAUUGAUUGUUGACUUCAUUGAUCACUUGAGAGGCAGAGGAGAUCUAUACCGUGGUAAUGAAAACGUAGAACGUGAAAAUAACCAGAUCAAUAUUGAUAAGAAUGAUGGACCAAGUUAUAGAAAGUGUGAGGAGAGAAUGAACUUGACGAAUGCGCAGGGAAUGCCUGUUACAUGUGAUAUUGUGAACACAAAUCGCCAUCAGAACAUGGAGGCGCUGGAGACCCAUUUGGGGAAGGAUACUGAUGCCUCUGAGAAUAGAAAUCACAGUGAAUGCGCAGACCUGGACUCUCCAUCAGAUAAGGCGCAGCUUUUUGAGCUCCGUGUCCUACAAGAGCCCCAUCCGUCUUCACUGGGAGAAGAAAAAGGUCACAUCAAUGACAAAGUGACGCGCUACAUAGCUGAGGUGGAAAAACAGAACAAGUACCUUCAGGAGAAGGCACACAAGUAUAGAUUCCACAUCAUCCCUGACGGCAACUGUUUGUACAGGGCUGUGUGUAAAGCCGCCUAUGGAGACCAGUCCAUGCACAAAGAGCUAAGAGAGCAGACAAUACACCACAUAGCUGAUCACCUGGAUGAGUUUAACCCCAUUAUUGAGGGAGAUGUCGGGGAAUUCUUGAUUAACGCUGCGCAGGACGGCGCCUGGGCUGGUUAUCCGGAGCUUCUCGCGAUGAGUCAGAUGUUGAAUGUGAACAUAUACCUAACCACAGGGGGUAGUUUGGAAAGUCCUACGGUUUCAACCAUGGUGCAUUACCUGGGAGAAGAGGACUCAUCCAAACCCGCUAUCUGGUUGAGUUGGCUCAGCAACGGACACUACGAUGUGCUCCUGGAUAGGUGUGUCCCUAAUCCGGAAUAUGACGAUUGGUUCCGACACUCUCAGAUGCAAAGGAAACGGGACGAACAGCUGGCCAAGUCGAUGGCAGCGUCACUGUCUAAAAUGUACAUCGAACAAAAUGGUCACAUUUGAACCCAAUAGUUGGGGAUUUUAAAUACUAACCUAUACAUCCCCCCUCCACCAUCUCUCUGUCUGGUCUUGCUUUUUCUAUCUCUUUUUCAUAUUGUAGGCCUACUUUAAUUUUGUGUGACUUCUACAUUGCCUUAAUUUAUUUUUAUAUGUUUUGUACUGUAACAGAAUUGAAGUGCAGUGCACAUGCUAUAUUUUGAUAUGUGUUGUAAAUAGACUUCACGCAAAAAUGGUAGUCCCCAAGUAACCUUUAACGGAGUAGGCCUAUGUGUAUUCUUACAGUUUGAUGUGAAUGGGUUGAAAUUGAUCUGCCAUAAACCUGUCAAAAACUGGAUUUUGAACUAUGAGCGUUUUGGUCUACAUUGUUGGGAGAAUAUUUAUUUGUUUUUGACCUGUUCGUUGCCUUAGUUAUUUUUGUAUUAUUACAUUAUGUAAUACCAAUUACAAGUUAAUGUACUGUGGUGUUACGUUUUAAACAUUUUGUAAGGUGCUUGGAGCACAUACCGCUACAUUGUUUUUAAAUAAACAUGUUAAAUAACA